GAAGACAUGAAAGGAACACAAAAAAAUCGAUUUACAAGGAUACACUCGAUAUUUGAAGGAGCAUAACUAUAAAGGGACAAACACUCAUACAUAAAAUAUGAAACGUCAGCACACAUAGGGACAAACAGAUGUACAUAUGUAUGCAAUACGUAUUAUUGAAGCAAAUUGAAACAAAUGAGAAAAUGAUGACAAUAUUUACGACAAAGAGAUGUGGAGGAGGACAAUUGAAGAAUAGUACCUUUGGUAGAGGAAGGUGGUACUUUUUUCGGAAAGGCAAGUGUGACAAGUAGGAAAGUAAGUAAACACACUUCAGAGAAGAACAAAUAAGGAUAUAAAUAACAUAACAACAACUGUAAUAAAAACAACAACUUCCACUGCUAAAUACCAGACACACUCAAUACAAAAGUCCUUUGAGAGAGAGCAUAAAAGUAAAAUCAAUUGAAAAUACACAAGUGUGUAAACGGUAAAACAACUGAAGAAAAAAAGUAUUUUUGCGAAAAGUUUAUUUUGUUAAAAACGAAAAAAAGUGGAAAAUUUUUGGAAAAUUUAUAAAAAUUUUAACAAAAUAACUAUUGAAAUAUAUUUCUGCGAAAACAUGUAAAUAAAGGAAAUAUAAAGUUUUUACUUCAAAAAAAAAUUGUGUUAAAUUUUUGACGGCAGUUUAGGAGGUGGUGAACUUUAAAAUAGAAAAAAAGGUGUGUAGCUUUAAUCAAAUUUUUCCUCAGCCAGGAAAAAAAACUUUGAAAAUAUGACUCAAAUAUGUUGGUUGUUAAUUGAACCACCAAUUUUGAAAAAGGCCUAUUAAUUGACACAUACUACGACACACAUGCACAUACAUAGAAGAAACACAUUUAAGGUCUUUUCCAAAAAAAUAUAUUUAUAAUUAUUACUAAUAGGAAUAAUCAUAAAAAACCCAAUACCGCCCAGGGUAAAAUUAAUUACAAAAAAAUUAAAUUUCUGUAAGAAAAGAAUAAAAGAGAAGAAGAAAUUAAUUUCGAUUGAAAAUUAUUGCUGUCAAAGUGUGUAUGUGUUGCUGGUAUUCAAUAGUUCAACAGCCGGAUUGCCGCAUCUAUUUUAAAAACAUCAAUCGAUAUUGAUAACAAGUUAAAAAAAAGGAGGACAAAAAGGAAAAACCCGAAAGGAGAGUAGAGAAGAAGGAAAAACAACAACAAAUAAAAAAUGGUAACAAUGUCUACAGAAGUGGAUACAACACAAACGACCAUCGCCACAAACAUGUCGAACAAAAUGCCAUCGAUAACAAAUUUGAAUUCAUCUAAUACAACAACUACAACAACAAAUGGUUCCAUAACGGAAAUUAAUGACGAUACAACAAUAGCAAUGAAUAAUGGUUGCAGUGAUAUUGGUAAAGAUGCUAUGGUUGAGGAUAAUAAUUUUAGUAAAAAGGACGCGGUAACACCACCCACACUACCCAGUGCAGCAGCAACAGAAAAACCACCUUCACCCCAAAAGUCAAGUAAAGAGGUACCACCAAAAUCACCAAAACCAACCGCCGAUAUUAGCAACAAUAAAUUAAAUCCUCAAAUAACUAUAACAGAGUCAGAAGCUCAAGACAGCAGUUCUGGGCCCCCAACACCAACGACAGCAGCUGCGCCAACGCCACCAACAACAACGGAACAUCACGAUAAGAAAGAUGAUACUACCACCACUAAUAGCAACACCACUGUAACCACCAUCACCACCGGCAUCAGUAGUCCCACUAAAACUACUGUUACAAGUACAAAAACGGAGACCAAAACUCAAGCCUCUCCCGAGAAAACCACUAAACCAACUAAUACAACCGCCGCAUCAGUACAAAAUACUACUACCAACAAUAGCUGUGCUCUAGGUUCUACACCCAAUACUAACAUCACCACCGCCACCACUAAUAACAAUUCAAAACCUUCGAGUAACUCAAAUUCAAUAAAUCAAAAUCUUUUAUCAUCAUCCUCAUCAAUGAAUAAAUCUACAAAUCAAUCGUCACAACAACAGUCUACUGCCCCGGGUUCAUCUUCAUCACAAACUACAGGUUCAUCAGCGUCAUCAUCAGCAGCAGCUGGUAGUCAUCAGAAAAAUAAUCAUCAUACACAUAAUGUACAGUCAACGGUGGUUCAGUCCUCAAAUCAUAAUAAGAAAAAUGAAGAUGCUCCUAAUAUUUUGGUCUAUAAAAAGAUGGAGGCUGUCAUAGAAAAAAUGCAAGCCGAAAGUACUGGCGUCUCAGUGCGCACCGUUAAAGGAUUUAUGACAAAAGUUCCUUCGGUAUUUACGGGUGCCGAUCUAAUAUCUUGGAUAUUGAAAAAUUUGGAUGUAGAAGAUGUUACUGAAGCUCUACAUUUUGCACAUUUAUUGGCAUCACACGGUUAUAUAUUUCCUAUAGAUGAUCAUCAGUUGACGGUGAAAAAUGAUGGAACAUUUUAUAGAUUUCAAACUCCCUACUUUUGGCCCUCUAAUUGUUGGGAACCCGAAAACACGGACUAUGCGGUAUACUUAUGUAAACGCACUAUGCAAAAUAAAACCCGUUUGGAAUUGGCCGAUUAUGAGGCGGAGAAUUUGGCAAAAUUACAGAAAAUGUUUUCUAGAAAAUGGGAAUUUAUAUUUAUGCAGGCUGAAUCCCAAAGUAAAGUGGCUAAAAAACGUGAUAAAUUAGAGCGUAAGGUUUUAGAUUCGCAAGAAAGAGCCUUUUGGGAUGUACAUCGCCCCAUGCCGGGUUGUGUAAAUACUACAGAAAUUGAUAUUAAAAAAGCAUAUCGUCGUGGCUGUUCGAGUCAUGGUACCGGUUCGGCCGGGGCAGCAGUUACGAAAAAUCCUAUAGAACAAUUAACACGUAUUAUAACGUUGCGCAAGCAGAAAUUAGAACGUCGAACUAUAAAAGUUUCUAAAGCAGCAGAAGCAUUGGUAUCCUACUAUGAGCAAUAUAAUGAAUUUGAUUACUUUAUAACCUCACCGGAAUUGCCCAAUCCUUGGCAAACAGAUAGUACCGAAAUGUGGGAGGCCGAGAAAAAUAGCAAAGAGGUGCCCAUGCGUCGGGUCAAACGUUGGGCUUUUAGUAUGCGUGAGUUAUUGAAAGAUCCCAUGGGCCGUGAACAAUUUGCCAAGUUUUUGGAAAAGGAAUACAGUUAUGAGAAUUUACUUUUUUGGGAAGCGGUUCAGGAUAUGAAAGCUUUGCCUCAAUCUGAAAUCAAAGAAACUAUACAGCGUGUAUGGAAUGAAUUUCUAGCACCUGAUGCUCCUCGCGCCGUUAAUGUGGACUCUAAAUCGGUGGAAUUAGCUAGAGAAGCGGUAAAUUCUCCCAAUGGACCCAAUCGCUGGUGUUUCGAUGUGGCAGCCGCUCAUGUUUAUCAUCUAAUGGAAAGAGAUUCAUAUCCCCGCUAUUUACGUUCCGAUAUGUAUAAGGAUUAUAUCAAUUGCUCACGCAAGAAGGUUAAGUCUAUACCAAAUCUAUUUGGAGUGAAACGCUGAAGUGUAGUUCCCGCGGUUGGUACAACAACCGCGGCUCAUUCCUCAUCCGUAUCAUCACAAGGUGGCCAGGGGGGAGGAGGAGGUGGAGGAGGAAGUGGAUCAGUUGCUAGUAACUCCUCAGCUGGAACUAGUCAUUCACAAGAACAUGCCCAUCACAGAUCAUCAUCAUAAAUGUUCAUUAAAUCACAAUAGACAAAAAAACCAAGAAAUCAAGAGCCAGGAAUUGUAGGGUAUAAAAAUGGAACUCAUCAUAAAUUUAAAGAAAAAAAAUAAUAAACUAAAUGUGCAACACAUGUUCUUUUUUUAGGUUUUAGAUCAAAUUUGAAGAAGAAAAAAAGGAAAGCAAU